GAAUAAAACAUUGUAAGUAGUCAUUUUUGACUCUCGUUCUAAUUUAUACAUCUACUCUUGAGCUCGCCACAAAGGUACAUGAGGCUAGAGACACCUCACCCAAAUUCUACCUGCAGGCUAUAUCAUCCAUAAUUAUUUGUACAAAUAAAGCUCGAGGGAUAACCUACUCUUACCACAAACAUGACUACCGAUAUCAAACCCAAGAGACUUAUAGACAGAAAGCUUCUUAUCAUAAAUCCAAACUCUUCAAAGUCUAUGACUGAGGGCCUGCAAACUUUACUUUCUACAAUAAGUGAUUCGUCUCAGGUUCAAAUCUCAUUUUACACAGCUCAACUUCCAAGUCCUCCGUCCAUCAACAACGAAGAGGAUGCAAUGCUCUCUACCGAAGUUGUUCUUUCGGACCUUACAUCGACUCUUGAUCAAUAUGAUGCAUUUCUUGUAGCCUGUUACAGCGUUCAUCCAUUGGUUACGGAACUCAAGAAGAGAGUGAGACCGAAUGUACACGUGACUGGAAUAUUUGAGGCCAGUGUGAUGAUGUCUUUGGGAUUGUUGACACAGGGCUAUGGAAAGAGAUUGGGUGGUAACGAAGGUGAUAAGGAAGGAUUUGGAAUAGUGAGUACGGGAAAAUACUGGGAAGAAGUGUUGGGGGCAGGUGUGAGAGAUUUCUUGGGGAUUAAAAAGGGAGAAAAUUGUGAAAGAUUCAAAGGAGUAGAGACUACAGGCCUCACCGCUGGCGAGCUUCAUAGUGUCGAUAGCGAGACUGUCAGCACAAGAAUGAAGGAAGCAGUGAAAAGAUUGGUUGGAAAAAGAGAUUGUUCUAUUAUUUGCCUAGGGUGUGCAGGAAUGGCAGGAAUGGACGACAUGGUCCGAGAAGCACUCGUGGAAGAAUUGGGAUCAGAGGAUGCCAAUAAAGUAUGUAUUGUCGACGGUGUCAAAGCUGGUGUUGUAUACCUUGAGGCAAAUUUGAAGGCGUUGCCUAGUGGAAGUGGCUAAUGGACAUGGACUCCCCGAAACAGAUAGCUUCGAUAUCGCAUUCUCGUGUAUGAUUUAACCUGAAAGCAAAUCAAUUAUUCCCACAAGAUUGA